GAAAAUAAACGGAUCUUCUCAGUAUUUUUGUGAUUUUCCCAAGUAUAUGUUUGUAUUUUUUAAUUAAACUCUUCCCCGUUUUUCCUAAUACAGGAACUGCUCACUAAAUAUCUUAAGUGAUAUACUCUCUUCAUAUCCGUGUAAAUUCGUACUUCUUUCUUUUAUAUUCAUAUCGUUCCUAACAACAUAAUUAUACUUAAUCAUCACAAGCAUGAAUCACUACCUGAGUCUCAUGAGAGAGAGAGAGAGAGAGAUUUGACAUAAACACAAUUUGUUGAUAAUUUUACCAAUUACACUGGAUUUAUCGUCUUUGUUGCUCAAAAAUUCAUAAGUUAUAGAUGCAGACACACCUGACCUCCAUGCUUGCAGAUGAAGAAGACGUAAAAUUUCAUCGAUCGGGUUUUGGAGCAUACUACAAAUAGUACUCAGCGGAGAACGUACUCCAAAACUUUUAUAACCUCGGUUUUUAGAGUCGUACUCAGUGGAGCACAUACUCGGAGUACGGAGUACGAGUUGGAGCAUGAGUAUGGAAACAGUUUUAUAACCUCGGGGCCAGGACUUCAUGGACAAAUCACUAUAAAUUUUGUAUUGAAAUGAGUAAUUCGUGAUAACAUGCGGUCGGAAGGAACUUUUUUACUUGUAAGAUAUCAAAUACAUGUAGCUGAGGAAUUAGGAUAUGAUAACGACAUUUCUGCUUAACAAACAGUGUACAUGUACUUCAUAUUCUGAAAUCUGAAAAAGAUGAAUCGUAAAAUGAGCGUGCAAUUGCUCUUUUGUAUUUUAUAUUUAAUAGUUGGAAUCAAGCCUAGAACUGGAGCAACACUAAAAACAAAUGCAACAACUGAAGCAACAACGAGCACAAUAAUAACAACUGAAGCAACACAUAAAACAACUGCAAGAACUGAAGCAACAACGAAGACGAUAACAACAACUGAAGCAACAACGAAGACGAUAACAACAACUGAAGCAACAACGAAAACAAUAACAAGAACUGAAGCAUUAGAGAAAACAGUAGUAUCAACUGGAGCAACAGAAAAAAAAAUAACAGCAACCGGAACAACAGCGAGAACAUUAGCAACCACUAACGCAUUAAAGAAAAAAAUACCAAUAUCGAAGGCAACAGUCCAUACAACAACAAAUGAAACAACAGAAAAAACAACAGCAACAUCGGAAGCAACAGAGAAAACAACGGCAACAACUUUGGCAGCAGAGAUAGACACAUCUGGAACAACAUUAACAAGCGCGAUUGUGUGUCAAGCUACGGUCCAGAGAUCUCUGUCGUUUUACGUCGCGGUUUUCUGGGUACCUAUUGCUGUACUGAGCCUCGUUAUGGUAAUAGCCGGUAUGAGAACAAUUUGGCGACUACACGAUAGGAAAAGGAAGGCAACGUUGCCUUUCUAUGAAACCUAUGAAAGUCGGUUCGUUUUAUCCGAAGGAGAUAACGUGGCUUAUGAUAAAAUUAACGAACCAGAGAAUGUUUAUCUGGAGUUGAAUGGAAUGUCUACGACUGCUUCAUCUUCAACUGACGGAGAAGGCAAUCAAUAUUACUCUACAGUAGGAUCUAUCCGGGAUCAUGCUAAAUUUAGAUCAGACAAUCGUGCCUUGGCGGAUCCAGCUUCUUCGAGGGAAGGGAUAAUCUCCGAUGGUCAGCCACAGAGGGUUUCAGAGGCCAACGCGUACCUUUACCUCAUACCUUGACCUAAUUUUAAGAAACAACACCAAAACAAUAACUAUUAUUGAAGACUCUGUUUUUUAACCUACAUAUGCACAAUCAAUACUGAUACAUUUGUAUAUGUAUAUAUACACACUUUUAUGUUGCUGAUAUACAGCUACGUGUAAGAGAGAAACAAAGAGUUUGAUAAUCCUUUCUUUUUUGUAUGGAUGGAAUGGUUUACUUUUUAAUACUAGAGAAAAAUCAUAUAUUGUUUUUGGCACAAGAAUUGUAGAAACAAAAUUUGCUUUUUUUUAUUUAAUAGUAGAUUCCAUACAUGUAAUAAUACAUGAAUACGUUGAUCUAAGCAUUUCUUUUAUGAAACUACUGGAUGCUCAAUACUAGUAUACUACUGUAUAGUGUAUAGAUUUCUGCACUUUUAAAAUUGUUGGAAAUAUAUAUUAGAUAUUCUUAUUAAACAAAUAAACAUUGA